GUUCUUCACAGUAUUGGCAUUAACUCUUCUGGGUUUUCGAACCUAUUAUCUAUACAAUUAUACAAACAAAUGGUGCGACCACAAAUGGAGUAUGACUUGGCUAUCUUAACUCUCACUGCUGCUCAGUACAAGCAAUCAGAAAAAAAAACACAAGAUGAUUGUCACAGAACCAUCUUCGGCAAAUCUCCUACUGCUUCGACUGAAGUUAUGCGUCAUCUUAGCCAUCUUCCCUCUAUGAAAGAGCGUAGCCACAUAUUGCGGAUUACACAAUCUAGUAAAAAAAAAAAAAAAAAAAAAAAAAAAAAAAAAAAAAAAAAAAAAAAAAAAAAAAAAAAAAAAAAACACACAGCAUCCAUUGCCUGCGCAUCCAUCCUCAAUUACAUAUAUCGCAAGACGUGGAUGACCCCAUCCCGUGUCUUCUCAAUCAGCUUCCCUCUCGAACGCCCAAGUCACUUCAUACACAAGCCUACUGGCGAAUACAUUGGAUUGCCAUCCAAAGAUUCCUCUAUAAAAUUGACAUAA